ACAAAGGAUGGAGAAGGCAGUAUAGUACUGGUAGUGCUUGUAUAAAUUAACAAGCAUUUGGUCCAUGCCUUGGUGACUCGCCUGGGUGCGCGAUCUAGCGUAUAUAAAGGCCACCCCGAUGCAGCAGUUUCUCGCAGUCGCAGCACAGGCGAGCAGCAACAGCAGCACCGCAGCUCCACCGGCGCCGCCCUUGCGCUCGAGGCCACCGAGGAGGGAGCAGACUAGCGUCGUCGUCAAGGAGGCCACCAUGGCCGACGAGCACCAGGAACUCACCAAGGCCUUCUCAGGUCUGGGCGGACUGGGCGUGGAGGAGACGGCGCUGGUGUCGGCACUGGGCCGAUGGAGGAAGCAGCCGGAGAAGCGGUCGCAGUUCCGGCAGGGCUUCCCGGGCUUCUUCACCCCCUCGGCGGCCGGCGGCAGCAACGUCACCAUCGAGCGGUGCUCGGACGAGUACGUGAAGCACCUCAAGACGGAGUUCUCCCGGUUCAAGAACCUCAUGGUGCUGUGGGCGAUGCACCCCUGGGAGCGCGAUGCGCGCUGGGCGCACCGCGCGCUGCACAAGAAGCACCACCCGGCCGCCGUCCUCGUCGAGCUCGCCUGCACACGCACCGCCGACGAGCUCCUCGGCGCCCGCCGCGCCUACCACGCGCUCUACCACCGCUCCCUCGAGGAGGACGUCGCGUACCGCCUCAAGGACAAGGAGACCCACCUCCUCGUCGGCCUCGUCGCCGCGUACCGCUACGAGGGCCCGCGCGUCAGCGAGGACCUCGCCAAGGAGGAGGCCACCGCGCUCGCCGCGGCCGGCGGCGCCAAGCCGCAGAGCGAGCUGGUGGUGCGGGUGCUCGCCACCAGGAGCAAGCCGCAGCUCCGGGCCACCUUCAGGAUCUACGAGAAGAUCAGCGGCAUGCCGCUCGAGGAGGAGUUCGGCGGCGAGGCGCCGUGCAUGCGGGAGGCCGUGAGGUGCCUCGACUCGCCGGCCAAGUACUUCGCCGACCUGAUCGUCGAGGCGUUCAAGGACGGCGCCGACAAGCAGGCCAAGGCGGCGCUCACCAGGGUCGUCGUGUCCCGAUCCGACGCCGACAUGGAGGAGAUCAAGGAGGCUUACCUGAAGCAGCACGGGGCCAAGCUCGUGGACGCCGUCGCCAAGAACACCCACGGCCAUUACAGAGACGCGCUGCUUGCCAUGAUCGGCAAGUGAUCCACCCAUCCAAGCUUACUAGCCAGAGUCACGUGCACCAUCUAUUUGCUUGCCUUAAUUAAUCGCAAUUUGCAGCGACAGUUUGUAUUAUCUUCAACCCCGAAAUUGCUAUCUCCAGUAUCGGACAUGA